AUGGCCAACAUUACAGCGAUUUACAACACAUUCAGCAUCUGGGCGCUCGUAUUCUCAAUCCUCUUCCUGGGCAGUCCAUGGGACUUGCGCCAGGCAAUUGCGGUACUCUUAGGUGUUUUCGGUGUCGUUCUUGUUGCAUUUGGCAGCAUGCGAAAAGGCCAGGACACGGUUGGGGCACAGGACGCGGUCAUUUCCUAUGCGUUGUUGGGAAAUGCACUGGCGCUGCUCGGCGCUUUAUCUAUGGCUGCAUACGAGAUUAUGUACAAGAUCAUUGGCUCCACAUCUGAGGAUGAGCACAAAGGGUUUCAGCCUGUCGCAUCUUCAGCAGAGCAUGCCGAUGCGGGCGAUACUCAAGGAAAUGAAACGGAGGCACAGCCGGCGUUGCCGUUUGGGAUGCAUCCCAUCGCCAUGACCACCGGUAUCGGUUUUGUGACGCUAACCGUGUUCUGGAUCCCAUUAAUUAUUGCACAUAUUACGGGAGCCGAAGUCAUCGUCGCGCCGCCGAACUGGGAGACGGCCUGGUGGAUUCUUCUUGGCAUUGUAUGCGGUGUUAUAUUCAAUGGAUGCUUUACGAUUCUUUUGGGAUUGUGGGGCCCCGUCUUGGCGUCAAUGUCUUGUCUUAUGACAACGGUACUGGUGCAGCUGACUGACCUGGCGCUUGGCGUCCCUUCUACCUGGAUCAAUCUGGGUGGGUGUGCCAUCAUCACGGUCAGCUUUGUACUCCUGCUUCCUUGGGGACAACAAGGCGAAUGA